AACAAUAAUUCCCAUGGAAAUUGCGAAAUUAAGCGGAAAUGUGAAAGUUUUUGCAUAUUUAUUGGUUACUCUAGCUCGCCGCCUGGUGGUUGUUGUGGAAACUAAUUUUUUGUUAUUGUGAUUUUUUUUCUGUGAUUAUUAAAAAUGGACAAAUUAAAUAAGGAAUUAAAUAAAUUGGAUUUAAAUUCGUCGCCAAUUUAUGAAAAUUUAAGUAACCAUAGAAAAAUUGAACAACAGCCGAUUUACGAAAAUGUCGCAGAGAAAUUGGCGACCAGUCAUCAGUCUGCGGCGGCUGCGGAUCAUAAAAAAUUCCCGUUCACAGUCACGCACCAUAGAAAUGUGCACGUGGAGGCUGAGCGGAAACUGGAAGAGUUGACCAAGGAAAUUGAAGAGGAAUUGGCUAAAAAGGAGGAGCAGGGGGGGUAUUUCGGAAUCUGCCGCGCCUGUGGGGAAAAAGUUACCGGUCUCGGCGGCCAGGCGUGUCAGGCGAUGGGGAACCUGUACCACACCACGUGCUUCGUCUGCGUCUGCUGCGGCCGGGCGCUGCGCGGAAAAGCCUUUUACAACGUGAACGGAAAAGUCUACUGUGAAGAAGACUAUCUCUACUGCGGGUUCCAACAGACCGCGUCGCGCUGCUCCAUCUGCGGCCAUCUCAUCAUGGAGACGAUCCUCCAAGCGAUGGGCAAGCCCUACCACCCGGGUUGUUUCCGUUGCUGCGUGUGCAACAUCUGCCUCGACGGCGUCCCCUUCACCGUCGACAUGGACUCCAAAAUCUACUGCGUCAACGACUACCACGCGCUGUUCGCCCCCUUGUGCGCCGCCUGCGGCAAGGCCAUCACCCCCAUCGAAGGGACCGAAGAAACAGUGAGAGUGGUUUCCAUGGGGAAGGAUUUCCACGUGGACUGCUUUUCCUGCCAAGACUGCGGUCUCCAACUCACGGACGAGCCGGAUAAGCGGUGUUAUCCUUUGGAGGACUCGUUGCUAUGCAGGCCGUGUCACGUGAACAGGUUGCGCUUGGUUUCCAUGGCAACGCCGUGUGAGUUGGAGGGGGUGAAAGCGACGUAUCAAUCGCUGGAUUAGUUACUUUUCAAUUUUCGCACGUUUUUUCAAUAUCGCUUCUUCGACGGCGCGGAGUUGUUUCAUUAGUUCUUCGCGACGGGAUUUCGUGUCCUCCGACGCGCGGGGUUGUUGUUGGGGGAGUGGUUGCUAUGGUGAUUUUAUUUAAAAAUUAAUAAAUUUGUUACCAGUUUCUAUGGAAAUAAAUAAAUACCUGUUCAA